UAACACGUGUACGUGUACAGUACAGGCAACGAACGGACCGGUAGACAAGAAUCGCUGCUCAGUUUUACUUUUAUCGGCUAGCUUUGCAUUGGCAUUAAAAAAAAAUUGAAAUGCUGUCUCAGGCCACGGAAUACCUGCCAACAAUUGCGGCUACUGCUCUUUUAGCAACAUCAGGAGUUGCCGUGUACUCUACGUACAAAUUACUUACUAUAGAUCGUGAAAGAAAAGCUAAGGAUAACGUUUACGAGACCGCUAAACUCGUGAACGAGUACUUGGUGUUUCAUUACGGGACACCAAGCGAAGUUUUACGGUAUGACUUCGGUCCAACAAGUUCGCUGGAUUUUGCUCGGAGGGUCGCAGAUGAGUGUCUGGAGGUGUACAGGGGUCAAGUGAACAAGACAAAAGUGCCGAAGAGAGCUUUGGAUAUAGGAUGUGCAGUGGGAAGAACAGCAUUUGAACUUGCUCGCGACUUUGAGCAGGUCAUAGGAAUAGACUACAGCCAAGCGUUUGUGGAUACCUGCUGUGCGUUGAGAGACCAGGGUUCCUUGGAUUAUUCUGUUCAAGAUGAAGGAGAUUUAUCGACUCAACUCAAGGCAGUUGUGGAUCCUGCGAUUGAUUGCAGCAGAGUUCAGUUUCAGCAAGGGGAUGCCUGCAGUCUACCAUUGGACCUUGGCCAGUUUGGUUGUGUUGUUGCAGCUAAUCUCACCUGUCGGUUACAAAACCCCUACGACUUUCUGAAUCGUCUGCCCAACCUUGUGGCACCCGGUGGUAUUCUCAUGCUGACAACACCCUGUACUUGGCUAGCGCAGUUCACCCCAAAAAGCAAUUGGCUUGGUGGAUACAAGGACAAGAAUGGACAGCCGGUCACGACCUUUGACACGCUCAAGAAAGUCCUGGGUCCUGACUUUGAUCUGAUAGCAGAGAAAAACAUGCAGUUCUUUAUCCGAGAAACGGCUCGUAAGAAUCAGUGGUCUGUCGCUCAUGCUACAAUAUGGAUUCGUAAGGAAUAACGUACCUAUAAGUACUUGGUAUCAUGAAUCGUAGUUAGUGUUAUGGACUUGGUACGGGAAUAUAUACAGUUGUCUCCUGUGAUGUUAGUCCAUGGCGUUUUGUACGCUUGAGGAGUGCAAAUGGCACCUGCUGAUGGUUCCAUUUACACUCGGGGGCAAACAAAACCCCUGGACUAUAUCAGAACAGACAAUUGCUUGUUAUAGCGUGGUAUUUUUAUAUAUAGUUGUUCGAGUCUUUAGAAAGUACAAUAUGACAAAUUUCGUAAAGACAGGAUUUUUCUGUUUUGACACCCUAUGCAUUUUAAUUAAACAGUCGCAUGCUUCAGUCUUUGAUAAAAUGUAAUACACGUAUGGGCAUCUGCACUGACACAUUUGUUGACACUCGCAUGCCCAAGUGUACAUAAACAUUUAUAUGCAUGAGUCUGUCAAUGUUUUUAUUAUUGCAGUAGGACAAUGAUUAGUAAAGCGUGGAAGAUAUUUUAUCCAAAGUCUAUAGGAAAAUCUUGGAAAAGGAAAACAUCCGUUUGUCUCGCGUAUAUAUUGCUUGUUUGUGAUUCUUAUACAAUUUGGUUAAAACUUGAUCGAAAGUAUGCAUAUAGGUAUUUGGGUUUGUUCAGUUAUUGGCUUUAAGCAUAACAAAUAAAAGCAAUAUAUGAAGUCCAUAAAACAAAUUCUUUAUUGUGGUAUUGCUGGAGACAUCAACAUGUACCUGGUCAUGCUAAAAAUGCGGGAAAAUUACCAGUUCCAAUGAUGAAUGGAAAAAUGUGAAAGAACACUAUUUAUCUUUGAUGUUUUCACGUACUAACUCACAAGAAGAAGGCAGACAGUUCAACUUAUUUGAAUUGUUUUGUUUAAUUUUGUGAAUAUAAACAAAAUUUAGAAAAAGAGUGACCUUUCAUAUUAACAUCCUUACCAUCUUCCAGUUUUUUUUUUUGGUGUAGACAUUACAAAAUGUAGCUCUUUCUGGAAUGUUUGCAUGUUAUUGAAGUGUAUGAGAAUCAUGGGUUAUGACUAAAUUAUGUAAGUGUGGGAAGUAAUUGAAGUGUGUUAAAAGUCAUCUAUUGCAAUUAAAAAAAAAAAAAAAAGUAGAAAUGUUUGAAUUCAGAUUAUGUGCAAUUUCACAUAGCGCCUCACCUAUAGAUUCUGUCUCUUGAUUGGCCGAGAAAGUGUCACAUGGUAUUUGCAAGUUAUAGUGCGUUACCAUGCACUAGUCUCCAAGGAAGACCUUCCUGACCGAGUUGUUCUGAAAAGUAGUACAUGUACAUCAAUAGCAACUGGAGGGUUGUGUGAUCAUGUGUGCCUGUGUACAAACGCACCCAUUGUGGUGUUACUUUACUAGUUACUACCAAGGACUGGUAAAGUUCGCUGAUGGUAUUCAUUAGAUUAUUAGUGUUUAUGUCCAGGCAUUCAAACUCAUUUACUCGAUGGCAAUAAGAAUCAAAUGUUGAAAAUGAA